AUGUCGGAGUUUGGCCAAAAUAGUACAAAUAAAUUAUAUGCUAGGCAACAUGAAUAUUGGGAGAAGUUAAGUAUCGACAUAAAAAAUGCAGUGAAAGCACAUGAUCCAGCAACUGCUUUUCAGUUCAUACAAAGACUUCGUGAAAAUGGACUGAAUACAAAUUAUCAACGAGUUCAGGAUAAGAACGGUCUAACGUUAACUAACAGCAAAGAUCCACUAAAUCGAUGGAGGGAGCAUUUUGAUGAAAUGCUUAACGUUAAUACAAUAGUGGACGAAAAUGUUUUACAACAAAUUUCAAGUCAUAAAAUCGAUGAUGAAAAGCUUGCACGACAAGAUGCAAUACCGACUCCUGAUGAAGGGUAAAUUUUCCACGACGAUGAUAUAGCUCGGAAAAUUCUGGAAGCUGCAACACCAGGUAAGUGUAAAGCGUUAGGGCGUUCCGUAGAGAACUUCGAUGGACAGAUAUGGCAUGAGCAUCGUGCUCGUAUUGUUUCAAAUGGAGUUUAUCUCAAAUUUACACAAAAUGAACAUUUGAAAAAUGCUCUUUUGAGACACUAUGGUAGCUUAUUCGUGGAAGCAGCCGCAAAUGAUUGUAUUUGGGGUGUUGGUUUACACAAAAACAACCAAUUGAUUAAAAAUCGUGCUAACUGGAGAGGACUCAAUCUUUUAGGUUAUAUUCUAACUGAUGUUGCACAUCGCAUUCAUGAUGAAGAUAAAAAGGCAUUGACAUAA